CGUUGGCGGAAGGAAGCGCCCAGCUUGGGGCAGUGACGUAGUGGAGCGCCGGGGCCUGGCCCCGGCCUGAGGCCGGCAGCAUGUGGGGAGCGGCCGAAGCGUUCCAGAUUUUCAGCCUUCGCAAGUCCUCUCGUUGAUGAUUUCUGCAAAGUAGGAUGAAUGCUCUGCCAGUGGUUGGUGCUUGAGUACAAUGUUUGGAUUAAUGGAAAUGCUUCAAAGAGCAUCAGAAGAAUUCUCUCCAAAGAUGGAGAUUCCUGAGGAGGAGAUGGAUACAACUGAUACCCAAUGGGGCUGGUUUUACUUGGCUGAAUGUGGCAAAUGGCAUAUGUUUCAGACUGAUUCAAACACUCAGUGUUCAGUUAGCAGUGAAGACAUUGAAAGGAGCUUCAAAAUGAACCCGGAAGGCUCUGUUUCUUUUACUACUGCAAAAUUUAACUACAAGUUAGACUUUUCAGUGAUGAAACAAACCAAUCUGACUACUGGAAAACAGCGUCCAAUAAAGCGAGCUCCCUUUUCUAUCAGUGCUUUCAGUUAUAUCUGUGAAAAUGAGGCUAUCCCAAUGCCUUCACACUGGGAGAAUGUAAAUACAGAGGAACCAUAUCAGCUUAUUCCUUUGCAAAAGCAAACAAAUGAAUAUAAUGAAGUUUCUAGUCUCUUUGGGAAAACAAUGGAUAGCAACCGAAUUAAAAGAAUUCAGAGAAUUCAAAAUCUAGACUUGUGGGAGUUUUUUUGCAGGAAAAAAUCUCAGCUAAAGAAGAGAAGAGGUGUCCCUAUCAUUAAUGAACAAAUGUUAUUUCAUGGUACCAGCAAUGAAUUUGUAGAAGCAAUAUGCAUUCAUAACUUUGACUGGAGAAUAAAUGGUAUGCAUGCUGCUGUGUAUGGAAAAGGGACCUAUUUUGCAAGAGAUGCAUCGUACUCCAGUCGUUUCUGCAAAGACGAUAUGAAGCAUGGAGACACUUUUCAAAUCCAUGGUGUCAGUCUGCAACAUCAUGUGCUCAGAACGUAUAAAGUUAUGUUUCUUGCUCGUGUUUUAACUGGAGACUAUGUCAUUGGAGAUUCCAAAUACAUGAGACCUCCUUCAAAAGAUGGGAGCUUUGUGAACUUAUUCGACAGCUGCGUGGAUAGUACUUGGAAUCCAAAGAUCUUUGUUAUCUUUGAUACCAACCAAAUCUACCCUGAAUAUUUAAUAGAGUUCUGUUAAGUUUUGCAAGGAGCCAAACUGAAUAUUAGGUUGGUUGUGAUGGAUGGGCACUAUGUCUUUGCGAAGGAAAUAUAACUUGCAAUUUUUUUUAAAUACAUUGUGGUGAACAGAGAUGGAGAUGUGAAAGAAAAUCUGGCUUACAUCUGGAAAAUCCUUUUGGCUUAAGAUGCAGAGUAUGGACUGUUUUUACCAGGUAGAAUCUGAUUGGGGAGGAGAAGAGGGACCAGAAGAAAGAUCAGAGAGACCUAAACUCCUGAAGAAGGGGAAGUGAGGUGUUAAAUGAGUAAAAACACAUUGGCUUUCCCUCAUGAGACUGCCUCUUUGGAUCCCUGCUCUUGGAUUCUUGCCCUGUCACACAGACCUUAGAUAUACUCAAAGCUGUGUUAGUUUUCUGGCAUGGGAGGGAGCAUACUACUGCACGUGCACAGCUUGGCAUUAUGACCCAGCUAAUAGAGACAUUUAUCCCGUCCUCCCUAAGUCCUUUAUCUGUGUCUGUUCAUGGAUUCUUGCAGUCACACCACGUGUUGGUUGUUUGUGGUGGUUGAAAUUUCUUGGAAAUUUUUUUCCUCAACUUAUCUUCUUCAGCUGCUCAGGGCAGGGACUGUGGCUUCCUUUGUGCUUGUACAGUACCUAGCACAAUGGGUCUCCUGAGUGGGAUUUCUGGGUGUUAUUGCAAUGAUAACCAGUGAUUGGUGCUACAAAACGGUAAACCUUCACUGAUCCACAAGCCUUGUAAUACACACAUGCAUGCACACUCAAUAAGGCAACAUCUACACUGUGAGCUAGGGGUGUGAGUCCCCUGCUCAUGUACGCAUACUUGAGCUAGCAUGAGUAUAAAUAGUGUAGCUGUAAUAGCAUGGGUAGCAGCCAUGGAGGAAUGGCUAAGCCAUCCCGGUAUGAGUAUGUGUACACAAGCAGAGGGAAUCACCCUUAGGUUGUAGUGAACCCUCCCGACUUCUCAUCAGAGAUUUACUAGCAAAUGCGGUAGGGUGUCCUCAGACUAAGUUCUCUUUAUUUUUAUAAAAUAUUCUACAAUACAUGUACUUGGACAUUAUGAAAUUAUAAGAAGUCAAAAUAAAAAAAAGUUGUACCCUUUUGUUUGUUCAUUCACUAAUUUCCAAAAUCCAGUAACUAUUUUCCUCAAGUCUUACUGGGCUGUUGUGGCUAAAAGUAACCAACACAUCUGUUUUUUAAAAGGUAUGUAUGUUUGGCAUGCAUACAAUAUCUUCAGAAGAUCAAUAUGAUUUAUGUUUACCCUGCUUGUGUUUACUUACGCCUCUAUAGCUUGUCCACUCUGUGCCUUAUUUUCUAUUUAGACUCAAGGGAAUUGAGUGGAAAAACCCUUAAUCUCACCAGUCCAGAGUGCCAUGGAGGGUGGUUUCAGCUUUUCAUCUAGUGUCCACUCUAUCAGCUUCCCUGGUACAAUCGUCUUCAUCUGUAUUGAUAACUCUUGAUACUGAAGCUGUUUACACCAUGUAGACAGCUACUAUGCAACGUCUCGGGCUUUAAAAAAGUUGAAUGGUAGUUCUUAGUUCUAAAUCAGAUAAAUUACAGGGAGGAAGUUGGUGUAUUUUUCAUUUGAUUGGAAUAACUGUAGCCACCGAGAGAUUCUAUUUUGUGGUUUUUCAUAGUGUGUCCUUACCAAGUCCAGUUUCAGCCAUCAGUGUUCAGAGGUGACAUCUAGAUAUUUAUACUGUAUCUCCUCUGGCAAGGCCCUCCUGUACCUAGACUCUUUCCUUGACAACCAACACUAUGGCAUUGAGGCAACUGAUUCAGCAUGUCCCCAAUACUGGUUGUCACAUGGCUGGCUGAGUGGGCAUUUCUGUCUCUUUUGGGUUCUUCUCCUCACUUAUAAGAAGUGAGGAAACGAUCAACUACAGUGGAUAACUCCUUGCAUCCAACCUGUAUUGAGGAUGGUGGGGCUUGCUGUCAGAUGAAAUAAAAAUGGCAACUAUGUUCAUAGCAUUCAGAGCUAUGAUGUAAACCCCGCACCUCUUUUCCCAAGCUUUUACAGAACAUCAUCCUUGCUCAUGACAACACUCCUUCUCUUCAAAUUCAGUAAUAAUGACAUUUUAAACAAGCAACAACCUGCUAAACUUACCCCUUUCUGGCAAAGUAAAGAAGAGGAGAAGAGGGAGAGAAAGAUCAUUGAUGUUGUUAUUCUUAGGAGGCACUCAGCUACUAUGGAGAAAGCAACCAGUAUUAGAACCCAUUUGGAUAAAGAAAGGAGAUUAUAGUGUCAGUUGGUCUAGAGAGAAAAACAAACAAGAGGAUAUUCAGUCUCUUUCUAGGGGGGACUUCACCAUUUGUUGAUUCUCCACCAUGUGCCUUUCCAAUCUUUUGUAUUAUAACUAGAUAUUCAAUUUUUGAUUUAUCAGGAGAGCUCCUACAAGCUGUUUAAUAUCUCAGUUGCGGAGCAAAGCAGAGAAGCUCUUAUAAGUGAUGGUUUGAAGGACUCAGCCAGAGAUUUUAAGGUCUUUUUUGGAUAUUCUUGCCCCAAGUAUCUGACUUUGUCAUGAUCCUUUCCAUCUUGCUGCUGGCUUGCUUCUCCAGAUAUCAGAGCCUCCUAUAGCAGCCAUUUUGCAGGACAGUGCUAUGUGCUCCAUUACCUAGAUAGAUCUCAGUCUUUCUAAAAGGCACCAAUAUUGUGUAUGGGAGAAAAAUUCUCCCUUGGACCUAUCUCAUUCCUGAGGUGUUCUGUACAAAUUGACGUUUGUUUUCAAACUUGUUGCUUGCAAGCAAGCAUUUCAGUAGAUAAAGGCCUUAACGCCCAUGUUGUAGGGGCCAUGGCAGUUUCUACAGCUUGACAGAAUGUGUCUGAGUGAGACAUUUACUGAGUGCUUAUUGGAACUAGAUAUUUUAAAUCCAGCAUUACACUUCACAGCAAGGUCAGAACAGAUUCCAUUUUGGGGAAAGUUGGCUUGCAGUCCCUUUUUAAAAGAUGCCAGUAAACCACAUGCCAGGAGGUGGGCUGAAGUGUGCUUAAUCAGUCUCCAUGAAUGGAGUUUAUUCACAAGGAAUAAAAUCGUUGCCAGUACCUGAUGGUGGUCUUCAUGUAAUUGGCCAUCUGGGUACCUCUCUUAAUGUGCAUGUGGCCAAGAUUGGGUUAUUUUAGGGAGUGGUGUUUAUUGGGGCUGCAAUUGCAUCCUAGAUGUCCUCGUGUCAUUCCACCUGAGGGCACAAACGAUGGAGCAGACCCAAGUCUCCCUCAGUCCCUUUUUACCACCCAUGGCAGUGAGAUGGAGCCCUGCAGUAUUCACCAGCUUCUCUGAGACUCUGUUGUUGCUAGUGCUAGUCAUUAGUUAAUACAGUUGUUAGGUAGUUGGCUUUAAAAAAUGUUUUUGCCUUUUUUAAGCCUUAUCUGUGUCAUCCUCUCCACCCAUCGUUCUCUGGGACUUGAGUUGUUAUUGGCAACACUAAAGGUUCAAGAUUUAAGACCUGCUCCCCUGUGAUACGUCUGUGUCACUCAAGGAUGCGCAUUCAAAGUGCCAUUUCUAUUUAGGCAAAAGAUAUGUUUCUGACCAAUGAUCCAUCUGCUCUUCUUUUUCUAAGUGGACUCAGAAGACAUGGGAUGUCUGCCUAACAAGAGUUUUUUUUCUUUCUGGAGUUCUCUAUGAAAGCCUUCUCCGAUAAGGAGAAGGAUGUAGCUAAGACUCAAUCCUCCUGCCACCCUCCUCAGUUCAUGCCCUGAUGAGCUGUGAUUCCACCUCCACCUCCAGGGCUGAGAUGGCUGAAACCCCUGUGGUGUACUUCUUCAGAAAGGGGUAGGAAGGAUACGAGAUGAGACAUAGGUCUCCCUCUUUGAGGAGCCUCUAAACAGACCCAAGUUCACAUUUCUCAGAGGGGUAGCCGUGUUAGUCUGGAUCUGUAAAAGCAGCACAGAAUCCUGUGGCACCUUAUAGACUAAC